UAAAAUAUUGUUCUUUUUGUUUUUUCUUUUAAAAUUAGCUUCACAGCUCCUUACUAGUUCUUGCACAGGUUGUGCUCCAACUAGGGGACAUGCCCUAAACCGGAGGGCGGAGGGCGUGGGGGAGCCUCUUGCUCUUUGACUGCCCUUGGCCAGGUCUCUAAAGAGCUGGUUAGAAUUGCAAGAUCAGGUCUUUGUUGCCCUGUUCACACCUGACUUGCAGGGCGUGUUACCACAACAAAGAGCCACCCACUUCCCGGAGGGUGGUUGUAGUCUUUGUGGCCAAUUUGCUUGGGGCUCCAGGGUUACCAGGUGGCCUCAGACCCUCCAGGAUAGAGUCCCUGGGUCCUUAUAGAAUGGCUGGAGCUUCAAAGGUGCUCUGAAGCUUAAGCUCCAUUAUAUUCAAUGUUAAAAUGUCUCGAGGAAGCCGAGCGUCCGUGGCAUAUGUCUUUAAUCCCAGCACUUUGGAGGCUGGUCUACAAAAUGAGUUCCAGGGUAGCCAGGACAGAGAAACCCUGUCUCAAAAAACAAACAAACAAAAGAUCCCAGGGAGGGCUGCCUCACUUUCUUUCUUUACUAUUCCAAAAGAUGCCUAAAAUCACCAUCUUGGGACAUUUUAGAGUCAUGGGUGGUUUCACGCAACAGCAGUCUAAGCCUAACACGCCCCACUUCACUUUUUCUGCUCCAUGGGUCGCCAGACCGACGUCCCAUCUCCUUAUGGGGAAAAAAGGCGGAGGCCUAUGCUAAGGUGCCGGUUGGUGGCCACAGUCUUGAUUGGCAAAGGGUAUUAGCCAAUGAUGCUGACGAAACCGGCUGCUGUUUAUGAACAUGCAGCCAACGGACAGGCAGCAGCGCAGCCAGAGGCCAAUGAAAACUUGCCUGGGCGGGUCUGAGGGCGGGGCUUCCCUGGGGGGCGGAUGUGGGUAGACUUCCAGUGCCAACCCCCGGACACUCAGAGCACAUCCGGUUUUAGCCGAGCGGGGAAGCUCCGAAGAGGUGGGCUAAGAAGGUACGUGCGAAGCUAGGAUCGGGCAAGCCUGGAGUGAGGGAUACUGACGGAGCAAGAGCGGGAGUGGGUAGUAGCUUCCGCUUUCGGAUAGAUCAGCUCCUUAGGGAACCCGGCCUACUCUGCGUCGAGAUCGAAGGAAAGCUGAGCGGGGAGGGACGCGGAGGAACUAGUGCCGCGCAUGCGCAGCAGCCCCGGCGGGGGCGAGUCUGCGGGGUCUCUCGGGCAGUUGGGCCUGUCUUUGUGGUGGCGAAGGCCUCUUAGCGACCCUCGCUUGCGUCCCUUUCCCCUCAGCCGAGUUGAGGGCUUGAAUUCGGGACAGGUCCCUCACUCCUGACUUUGAGGUAAACGAAAGGAAAAGCUGUGUCGUUGUGGUCACUCCGCCCCACCCAGCGAUCGCUGCUCGGCUGCUCCUCGGGUUCCUCCGCCUCGCCUGGGUGAGCCGUCGGGUUUGGGGACUUGAGGUAGGCCCGGUUAGGCAGACUGCCCUGUCACGGCGGGCUAGGUGAUGUCACACUUCUCUGUGACACGCGAGAUUCCUUAGUUACUUAGAAGCCAACGGUAGAGGCCGAGGUGAGAAGCCCCGAGCUUGGCCUGGCUCCCCCGCCCCACGGAGCAGCCCCACUCUGAUCUGAUUGGUUACCUCUGGACAGCGGAGGCUGCGCUGAACAGACUUGGAGCCAUGAAUAUAUUUGAUCGGAAGAUCAACUUUGAUGCCCUCUUAAAAUUUUCCCACAUAACUCCCUCCACACAGCAGCACCUAAAGAAGGUCUAUGCCAGUUUUGCACUGUGCAUGUUUGUGGCAGCAGCAGGGGCCUAUGUCCAUGUGGUCACACGUUUCAUCCAGGCUGGCCUGCUCUCUGCCCUGGGCGCCCUGGCCUUGAUGAUUUGCCUGAUGGCCACACCUCACAGCCAUGAGACGGAGCAGAAGAGGCUGGGACUGCUCGCUGGCUUCGCCUUCCUUACAGGAGUUGGCCUGGGACCUGCCCUGGAGCUGUGCAUUGCCAUCAACCCCAGCAUCCUCCCCACGGCCUUCAUGGGCACGGCCAUGAUCUUCACCUGCUUCAGCCUGAGUGCCCUCUACGCCAGGCGCCGGAGUUACCUCUUUUUGGGAGGUAUCUUGAUGUCAGCCAUGAGCCUCAUGUUCGUGUCCUCUCUGGGGAACCUUUUCUUUGGAUCCAUUUGGCUGUUCCAGGCAAACCUGUACAUGGGGCUGCUGGUCAUGUGCGGCUUUGUCCUCUUCGACACUCAGCUCAUUAUUGAAAAGGCUGAACACGGAGACAAGGAUUACAUCUGGCACUGCAUUGACCUCUUCUUGGACUUCGUUACACUCUUCAGGAAGCUCAUGCUGAUCUUGGCCUUCAAUGAGAAGGUUAGUCAGCCUGCAGCCCGCGCAGGAGGGAAGGCGGGGCUCCUGUUCAACCUCUGGGAGAUGGGAGGUCUUGAAAGGUGGAUUAUACACUGUGUAGAACAGAAGUGUGAGAGGCAGGCCCCGCAAGCAGGAGGUAAACACAGGUUUGUGCUAAGUAAAACCACAUUUCCUAAAUCUUAACUAAUCCCUGAGGUGAGUUUCAGACGGCAGACAACCUCGAUUGCUGUGAAAGCAAUGCUGCACCUUAUGAAGAGUUUAAGGUUACGAAGAUUGUUAGGGCUCAGAGAAGGAUGUUCUAGAAGACGGUAGUGACAGCUGUUACCUUGUGAAUGUCAGAAGUGGAUCUGUUUAUCCACUUGUUAAUUUCUUUGAAUUUUUUAAAGUAAUUUUGCUUGGUUUUGGAGACAGGGUUUCGCUCUGUAGACCAGGCUGAUCUCAAACACUGAGACCUGCCUGCCUCUGCCUCCAAAGUGCUGGGAUUUACUGCCCUGCAUUUUUAAAAGCUUUUUUAAAUGAACUUGUAUGAGCGCCUGCAUGCACACACGUAUACUGUAUGCACUGAUUCCCUGGAAUUAUGAAUUAUGAGCCGCCAUGUGGGUGCCGGCGAUCAAACCCAGGUCCGAGGGCUGGAGAGGUGGCUCAGAGGUUAAGAGCGUGGUCUGCUCUUCCAGAGGUCCUGAGUUCAAUUCCCAGCAACCACAUGGUGACUCACAACCAUUUAUAAUGGGAUCUGAUGCCCUCUUCUGGCCACCAGGCAUACACACAAGCAGAACACUGUACACAUAAUAAAUAAAUAAAUCUUAAAGAAAAAAGAAGAAAAACGCAGGUUUGCCUGAGCAGCCAGGGUUCCUGACUGCCACCUCUGCCGCCCGCCUUACAUCUCCAUCUUAUUUUUGUUGAUCUCAGUUCUUCCCCCUGAAGCUAGCAUAAUAGUCAGUGUCGUCCAACACAGAGGAAGCAAUGAGCUUUUAUUUAUAAAGCUGAUUUAGGAAACCAGACCGUGAGUGCAGGGCCACAGGGGGAAUGAGCCGGACUUGCUGGCUCCAUGUAGGCUGUGCAGUUGCCUCCUCCCAGCUGCCGCCGUGGGGUGGUGUCCUGGGCUCCUGCCUAGGGCGGGAAGGGCUCAAGGGCUGAGCCCUCCUCAUCGCUUUGCUGCCCACAUUCCAGGACACUCUUGGCCAGCACUCAGUCAUCUGGGUUUGUACCUCAGGGAGACUAGCUGAUUUUCUUCAUUUGUAGGACAAAAAGAAAGAGAAGAAGUGACGUGGUGAUCGAUCGGCCUCUCCCAGCUCGCCUUCUCUCCCUCAGCCCCGUUUCUUUGCACACAUCACAGGUGUCGUGUCCCAUGACAAUGAAAAGCAUCAGGAAAGCUUUUGUACUUUGUGGUUUUCUCUAUUUUGAAUUUUUUGAUCAAAAAACUGAUUAGUGAAUAUAGUUUGGAGUUUGGCUUCGUCUCCUGGGGUUCUUCCGCUCCCUUUUCUGUCAGCCCAUCACAGCCACUUGCUCUGCUCAGGCAGCCAGUGUACCAGAAUGAGAAGUGAGAGCAGAAGUCUGCGCCCUGCCAAGCCUCCGUGGCUGGACCCCUGCACUGCUGGCUGGACCCUCUUGACCCCAUGGUUCGGCUUUACAGUUCCAGUGAGGCUGGGCAGUGUGUUUGCCUUGGGAGGGAGCUUACCUGUCUGAGCUGCCAGGGCUGCCACACAGUGGACUCUGGUGGGUGCUUCCCUCCUCUGCUGCCUAAUUCAGUCUGGCAAACGCCUUUCUGCCUUGCCAUGAUGAAGGGAGUGCUCUGUCCCACUCCUGAGUGGCCCUCAGGAAGUCUGCCUGCUUUCCAUCCUGGGAGGGCUUGAGUACAAGGGAGGAACGUGAAGGGUCUGAGUAUGGUGGCCAGGCAGAGAUGACGGCUCCAGGGUUCCCUGUUGUGCUUUUCUUUGUUGGUUUUUUAAAUUGUCAACCGUUGUUACUGAUUGGUCUCCACUGGGUGGCUGUGGUGUCUUGGGAAAGGACAGGGAAGGAGACUGGCUGAGCCUCGGCUAACCGAACCGAGGCCUUCCUGCCACACACGCUUAGGGAAGAGCCGCAGCUCCGGGUGACUGGGCUGGCUCUUCAGUGCGUUUUUGUCUGUCUGCCUGGACAUGAUUUGGGAGUAUCAGGACAACUGUGAGGCAGCAGGGAACAGUCGCUAACAGACAUAGAGAACAGUCGCUAACACGUACUUGAGUUAUUUGGGUUUGUUCACCUGUUUCCAGAGAUUUUUGGUCUUUUGGGCAGAAGCCCAUUGACCAGACUGUGGGCCAUCUUAGUCUGCAUGGAGAGGUGGCAACCGGAGUGGUUGUGGCCCUGGCUACCAAGCCCCUGACAGCCCGUUACCAGGAGGAUGGUGGUUUUGACUUUCUUCACUCAAAACCAGUGCAGUUGACACAGUGGCUGCUGGUUCACUGUCCCAUGAAACUGCUUCUGGUGUGGUGCGCCCAGAGCGACAUCUUGCCACCCUGUUUGCCUGGUGCCUCCCCUGGCUCGAGCUUACAACCUGAGGGACGGCAGCAGCUCUCCAGAAAAAUGAUGCCACGAGGCCUCAGGACCCGACUGAGUUCCACCUCUUGAAGCCAGACUCCACCUUUUGUGCUUUUUUGCUUGGGAAAAAGGAGUUUUUCUUUAGAAACAGUGCCAAGAAUGAUAAAGAUAUAAAAACUACUUUUAAAUAAAAUGCCUGUCAGGUUUUUAACCCAGGCCUCCCUGCGUCUCCACUCUAUCCCCGGUUCUUUGUUUCCGGCUCAAGCUGCAUUCUCUAACUCAAACUGUGAAGACAACGGGGUUUUUGAUUAAAAAAAAUAUAUCUACAUAGUCUUAAUUUGUAAAAAAUAAAGAAAAUUCCUUAACCUUU